AUGUCUCAGACUAUUGCAUUCGUCACUGGCGCAACUGGCACUCAGGGCGGUGCCACUGCUCGAGAACUUCUAAGCGCUGGCGUCAAAGUUCACGCACUUGCUCGAGACCCAUCGUCCAAGUCCGCCAUCGAGCUACAGCGCCUUGGAGCGCAGUUGUUCCCUGGCAAUUUCGAUGACAUAUCCUCCCUCAAGGCUGCGAUCAAAGGAGCUACUGCCGUGUUUCUUAACGUAUCGCCGGCGUUUCCCGACACCAACCAGGAGGUGGUUCACGCAAAGAAUAUCAUCGAGACUGCUAUUGAAUCCGGCACCGUCACUAGCUUGGUUUAUUCCAGUGUCACCAUGACAGGAAAGCAUGAAGAGUUUCCAAACUGGGGACCCGACUACCCCAUGGCGUGGUAUUGGCUGAACAAAGCACAAAUAGAGUCAAUGGUGCGAGAAUCAGGCAUCAAAUACUGGACGAUUCUACGACCUGCCUUUCUCAUGAACAACUAUCACCAGCCGACGGCAUCUUUCAUGUUUCCCGAAUUGGGUCAGAGGCGGGUUUUCCUGUCGGCAUACAAGCCCGAGACUGCGAUGACGGUGGUCGAUCCUAACGACGUUGGCAAGUUUGCGGCGGCUGCAAUUACUGAACCUCUGGCGUUCAACAAGCAUGAAAUAGACUUAGGCGUCGAGUCUCUUACACCAGCGCAGAUUGUGCAGGAGUUGAGCCGAGUUAGCGGAGUUGACAUUGGGAUCGAGUUCUAUAGUGAGCAAGAAGCGAAAGAUCUUGCGUCGAGAAACCCCAAGAUUCAUGCCGAAUUGUGGGCAAACGAAGUUGGGUAUCAGGUUGACUUCAAGGAGUUGCAGAAAUACCCGAUCCGCCUAACCAAAUUCUCGGACUAUCUUGAGAAGCAUAGAGACGCGGUCCUGCAGACGUUUGCUUGA